AGCGAUCGCUAAGCUUGAGUUACUCUGCUAAGUUCUCUGAAUGGGUGACAGAUAGAUUAUAGUAUAUUAUUUAAACGUGAGCUUCGUAAAUAAGACAACAUAUUAUCAUUAUAAUCUUUUGGCAUUACAGGGGUGCUAUAUAUUAAAGUAACUAAAAUUAACUAAAAUAAUAAGAUAACUCAUACAAAGGUCUCUAUAUUAAUGUGUGACUUUUGCACAUUUUCAAUGCAAAUAGACAUGCAGUCGAAAAAAAAAUACAUUCAUCGAAACUUGUAUAAGGUCUUGCUGCUGACAAUCUUGAUGUUAAAAAGCAUUGUGGCUGUGCCGACAUCGAGACAGCAAGUUAAAGAAGACGAAACUGACUUGGACUUGCCGAUUGGUGAUGCACGCAAAUGUCAAACUGUGAAAAAUGUGGACAUUGAACGAUUUGGGGUGUUACCAGGUUUAGGUUGGGACAAUCUUCGUAAUCUAGAAGCUGGACUUGUGGUCUCCUAUAAAUAUACAGAAUGUAAGGAAACCGAUGACGGAGUCUACCUGAUACCUGACAAUGUAUUUACUAUUCCGAUCAAGAACAGCAAAGUUGAAAGUUUUGCUCAAAUUAUUGACAACUGGAACAGCGCUUCUUCACUAACUGCCAAUAGUAUAAACAUAGGUGCGGGGGUGUCACUUAGCAAAUAUGGAAUCAGUGGAAUGUUCUCAAGGGACCACGAAGAGUUAAGGUCUAAGCAAAUUGAAGACAAAUCUAGUACUUUCAGAGCUCAACUGAGAUAUCCAAGAUAUGAAGCCAAACUUCAACCAGACGCAGAGUUAAGUCCGCAAUUUAAAAAUCGACUACUAAGCAUAGCCGUCAAGAUUGAGCUUAAUCAGACAAGUCAAGCAGAGUAUGAGGCGCAACUCCUGGUGCGAGAUUUCGGUACCCAUGUACUGACCAGCGUUACUGCCGGCGCUGCAUUGGUCAAAGAAGAUUACCUCAGCAAUGAUAUGAUCUCUAACUCUAAAGCAACGAAAAAGUCAUACCUAGCUUCCGCCAGUGUAUCUUUUUUGAGUAUAUUCAAAAUAAGUUCAUCUUUUGGUAUUACCUCCCAAGCAGAUCGCAGGGACGCUUACAGCAGCGCCACGACUUACUCAGUGACAAGAGCUAUUGGAGGCCCGAUGUAUGAUCCAGAGUCCUCCAAUCUGAGUGCCUGGGUUAAAGGAAUAGAGAAAAAUCUAGUUCCAUUGGACAGGGCUGGGGAACCGUUAAGCUCCCUGGUGAAGCAGCAAUUACUGCCAGAGUUACCUUUGUCGACAAUUGAUGCACUGGAGAAAGUUGUACAAGGAUCAAUAGAGUUGUACUAUGAGAUGAAUACCUACAGAGGAUGUACUAAGCUUGAUGAUCCGAACUUUAGUGUUUCAGCGAAUGUUGAGGAUGGAUCGUGUGGUACUAAGCCCACACCCUUAAGAUUCGGCGGUGUCUACCAGACGUGUACUGUGUAUGGGUCUACUUACUAUCGCAACCCCUGUGAUGGCUUACGUCAAGUCAAUCCAAAGACCGGAACCUAUUCCUGUCCUCCUUUCUACACGGCCGUUCUCAUUCAGACGUUUUAUCAGAGAGUCGUUACGGAGACAGAGACAAAUUGCAGGGGGUGUGGGUUUCUCUGGUUGUCAACAUGCUGUGAUACGAAGCACAUUGUUGCUACUGCUACAUACUCGGCCUAUUGGUGUGCAGCGACAACCUCUGCCCAGCCUUACUCUGGCUAUUUUUUCGGUGGCUUCUACACACCAACACAAGACAACCCUCUGACUGGAUCUACUACAUGCCCGCCUUCUUUCUAUCCAAGACGUUUUCUAACGGACAUAAGUUUGUGUUUAAGUGAACACUCUACACAAAGAGCUAUACCUUUUGGAGGAUUUUUUUCUUGCAAAUCUGGAAAUCCACUAGCAGUGCUUGAGGCUAAAACCGGUCUGGACAGAUUUAUGAGUCGAAGCAAUGACAGUAGUACGUCGUACCCGAUGAGGUGUCCUGAAAACUUUAAUCAGCAUCUGGCUACAAGUGAUUCAGAUUGCUCAAUAUAUUACUGUGCAAGCACUCGGACCCUGACCAAUUUAACUAUCACUCCUAUCAAAAGACCACCAUUUAAGUCGAAGCCUGAUAACGUAUAUACUCAUGAUGAGAAAUAUAUGUUUAAUCCGGAAACAUUGAUGUGGAUGAAGAAUGAAGAGGCCAGUGACUAUGAGAAACAGGAGUCAAAGGAAGCUAACGCCUCAAAAGAAACGUCAGCUGUGACUUUAACUUUCACGUGCCUUUUAGUAACAGCAUCGCUAAUCUAGGAAUAAAGACAGAGAAAACAUAAUUUAGGGACUAUUUGACAAACUUUAGACUACUUUUGUCCAAAAUAAUGAUAAGAUAAUUAAACGCUGUCAAGUGUAUAUCCUACCACGUUUGAAAUUUUCUCUGUAUAUAUAAUAUAACACACUAAGCACAUUGAAACAUAACAUGACAUAAAUGGAUAUGAAUUAAACUAUUUACCACAAUCUGCAA